GCUGCUCGCACGGGACCUGCCGAGGGCCACGAACCCACGGCCGCGUUCGAUGCGCCGUCGGGGGCUAUAAAACCUAGGAAGCGCCCAGAAAGGGAUCGAUCUAAUCUAAUCUAAUUAGGGCAGGCGGAAGCGAAGGGAUCUGCGCUGAGGGGAGGAAACGAAGGAUCCGCUCGUGCGCGUGCUAUCUGCCUCCCCGGUACCAAAUCUUUCAGAUGUCAAGAGACUCUUCUGAGAGAAAUGUGUCUGGAAUUGAUCAUAUCAAGCACUAUAAAAACAUUAUCUCUGAGUUGUUACUCGGAAAAGAAGGCACAUUCUCUACUGGAGUUGCAAAACAAACUGAAGUUGUUAUGGCCCAAUAUAACCGCAAAGCAGGUGAAGAUUCUCUUCCAUUAUUCAUGGAAGAAAUUAGGGGCCUAUCAAAAUGUGCCAUGGAGAGAUUAAAGCAUGCUCUCCAUAAGGUUUUUACAAUCCUCAAUGAUGAAGUUGAUGAGAUAUUUGGUUACAUUUUCGCACUAUCUGAAUUUAGGUCUGAGAAGUUGCCGUCAAACCAUGGAAGCGGAUCGUAUGAGGACAGUAUCGCCCCACCAAGUGUUAAAAAACAGAAAACUGUGACAGUUUCUACAAUCGAUGCUUAUGAAGAAUCGCAUGGUCAUAUUGAUUCAGAUAUCUUUGCACAGCUCACAAGAGAUAUCCGGCUGAUAGAAGAAAGUGGCAAAACACGUCAAGAGGCUGCAAAGAUGUUCUCCGAUGGGUUGCUGCGGAAGCUUGCUGAAAUGGAGCAAGGUGUUUAUGAUUUACUGGACACAGUGGCAUCCAAGUGCAGAAAUUUAUUGAAUUGCUGCAUACUGUCAGAUCUAUGACCACUCCUGAGAAGAUUGAACUUGGUAGGCGCGUCCGCAAACUCCCAGAGACGGCACUUGAUCACAUGGUGGAGGUAGUUAAAAUGAGGAGACCUGAAAUCUCGGUUUCUGAUAAAGUAUCAUUCAACUUAGGAAGACUGGUACUCAACCUAUCUGUUCCUACUACUUAAUUUUACUUUUAAGUAAAUGACAUUGGUCAUGCUACUUACUAUUACGCCAACCAUGAUUCUGCCAUGUAGAUAUGUUUGGAAUUUUAUUUUAGUCUUUAUGAAAUUAUGAGAGGUACAUACGUGUUAUGUUAGAUGCAGGCUUCAAAUGACAGCAUGUUUUGCGUUAACUUUGCUAUUAAAUUUACUUGUUUGCAGAAGCUUCAAGUCUCGUAUAUCUCCACUUGAUUUACUUUAUUACGUACUAUAUUCACCAUAUCCUCACUUGCUUCCAUUUCCUUAGGAUGACACAACUUUGUGGAGACUGUACUACUAUGUGGAAACUGCGUUAAAAGCAAAACAAGAUCGGACGGUCACCCCUCCCUAGAUGUUCCAUGCGCAGUAACUGCCGGUCCAUCUAAAGUAUCGUUCAGGUUAUACUAUGGUUAGUUUUAGUAUAAUCCAGUGUAGGUGGUGGUAGUGCUUUGCAGAAAGGAAUACAUUAGCUUCAGCUAGCUGCCAAUGCAACAUCUCUGUUGUACCUGUAUGAAGAUAAUACUAGAAGGAGAGUAGCAUCAAAAGCGACAUCAUAACCGCUAUCUAGAGCUGCAGAAACUAGUGCACUGACCACUAUGGCACUGGUGACAAUUUUGUUUUUGCAUGCCAUAUUGCAAAUCAAUCCUGGUCAGCUCCUGCAGAUAUUCCACUCCACUGUUAUGGGAUUACGCCUUCUCAUUUUAUCAUAUUGCCUCUUGUUCAAUGUUUCUGCAAAAGUUUCAGCAAUGGAGGCCUUUCUGUGCGCGAAAGAUAUCGGGUCAACUUCGCGACUCUGCGACAAUUCUUUGUGUUUGGUCCUUCUCCGGCAGAUGAUCUGGAAGGCUCGGGCAUAAAGAACCGACGGGGAAAGCCUCCUAGAUUGUGUGAGUGGCCGGUGGUUGAGUGCUGCAUUGCGUCAAUCAAAUCUCGUUCGGUUUGUGUUUAAAUGAGAACAUUAAAGCUCUCGCCAUGUUGUUCCUUUAUUUUCCUCUUUGAAAAGGCGUGAGUGAUGUGCUUUGCUGUGAGAUAAUCGAAUAUAUCGAUGAGAGUAACAUAACA